AUGGAGCGACAGGGAGUGGACAUGCCCCACGUAGAGUUCAAGGACCAGGAGCCACAGCUGCUGGGGGAGAACCAGGAACAGCAGCAGGGUGAGGAGAGCCGCGAUGAGGAGGCUUGUCAAGGGCCAGCUAGUGCCAAUCGCCAGCUGAUGAUGCUGGAAGGAAAGUCAGGACCCUACUUUUCCUCUCUGGACUCGAGCAUUGACAUCCUGAAGAAGAGGACCCAGGAGCUGAUCGAAAACAUCAACGAGAGCAGGCAGAAGGACCAUGCCCUCAUGACCAACUUCAGAGACAGCCUCAAGAUCAAGGUUUCAGAUCUGACAGAGAAGCUCGAGGAGAGGAUGUAUCAGAUUUAUAAUCACCACAACAAGAUCAUCCAGGAAAAGCUCCAAGAGUUCACCCAAAAGAUGGCAAAGAUCAGUCACCUGGAAACAGAGCUCAAACAAGUGUGCCACACUGUGGAGACCGUGUACAAAGACCUGUGUGUCCAGCCUGAGCCAAGCCCAAGACUCCGACAUGGUCCAGAUCACUUCUGGGCUGGGGAAAUCCCUGCUGGGUCCCAGCACACUUCACAGCCCUUUCACGUGUUCCUUUUUCCUGUUACUGGUUACUAG